CACCUGGGAGCAGGUGGUCAAGGGAGUGAGCUCUCAUUUUUUUUCCUGGGAUCCUGUCUUGUGCCUUAAGGGUGGUUCUGGAACACGGGCUUUCUGAGCCUUAAGGAUGGUUCUGGAACAUGGGCUUCCUGUGACUUAGGGAUGGUUCUAGAACAUGGGCUCAGGCACAGCUACGUGGUGGGUUCUGGGUAGGGAGUUCUACUUUUUAUUGAUUGCAGGCAUAUUUUAGAAAAACGUGAUGUAAAAAAUGUCAGUAAGGAUAUAUUGGCUCUCAAACUUAAGCGUGCAUCAGAAUCACAGAUUGUGAAACAGAAUGCUAAUGGAGCAAAGGACUUGAGUAGACAUUUCUCCAAAGAAAAUAUGCAAAUGGCCAAAAAGCCCAUGAGAAGAUGCUCAACAUCACUUAUUAUUCGGGAAAUGCAAAUCAAAGCAAUAGUGAGUUACCACUUCACCCCCAUUAGGAUGGUUACUAUAUAUAAACCAACCAAACCCCACCAAACGAGAAAAUAACAAAUGUUGCCAAAGUAUAAAGAAAUUGGAAGUCUGUGCACUUUUGUGGGAUGUAAAAUGGUGCAGCCACUGUGGUAAACAAUAUGGUGGUUCCUCAAAAAAUUAAACGGAACUACCAUAUGAUCCAGCAAUGCCACUUCUGGGUAUUUAUCCUAGAGAACUCAAGGCAGUUAUCUGCAACAGAUAGCUUACAUUUGAGUUUAUAGCAGUAUUAUUCCCAAUAGCCAGAAGGUGGAAGCAACCCAAGUGUCCACUGGAGGAUUAAUAGGUAAAGAAAAUGUGUAUAUACAUACAAUGGAGUAUUUUUGAUCCUUAAAAAGGAAGGAAAUUCUGACACAAGCUACAACACAGGUGAACCUUGAGGGCACUGUGCUAAGAGGGAUAAAUCAGCCGCAAAAAGUCACAUAUUGUAUGAUUCCACUCACAUGAGAUACUCAGAGUGGUCAAAUUCACGGAAACUCCAAUGGUGGUGGCUAGGGUGGUGAGCUGCAAAUAAUGUAAAUGUACUUAACGCCACUAAACCGUACAAUUAAAGAUGGGUAAGAUGGUAAAUUCUAUGCUCUGUAUAUUUUAUCCCAGUAGCACACACCCACCCCCUACACAGCCAGCCCGGGCCCCACCGCCAGAGCUUCUAUUCAGCAGGUCUGGAGUGGGACCUGAUGAUCCCCAGCUUUAGCAGGUCCCAGGUGCUGCUGGUGGGGCGAGCAGCCGAGGGGCCAGCGAUGCAGACCAGGUGAGCGCUAAGGGAGGGCACGCUGCUCACUCCUGCGCGGCUGUCAGUGGCAGCAGCUGGCAUUUGUUGAGCGCUCGCCGCCCUCAGAUUAUCUCAACUGGGGAAGGUGCCGCCGCUGGGCGGGCGGAACAGAAGCUGAUUCUCGCCCGCUUUCCUUGGUCCUGGGCGGAGUGUGAGAUGAGAAGGAACGAGACCCGAGCCUGCUCGGGGGUGCAGAGCGGCUCAGGCAGCCUCCCGGCCUGAGCGGGGGGCGGCUUCGGUGAGCGCGGGGCGGCACAGGUGGGCGCGGGGCGGCACAGGUGGGCGCGGGGCGGAGGCUGUGGGAUGAGGAGCGCUGGGCGCGGGGCGGCGGGACUGGCGGUCUCGGCGGGCGAUGCUCACGGCUUGCGGCCUGCAGGGGGCGCCCUCCCGCCGUCCCUCUGGUCCCGCCCGCCCGCCCGCCGGGCCGCCCACCCCACGGCGCGCCCCUCCGCAGUCCGCCGGCCCGCGGCUCCGAGCGCGCACUCUGUUCGGCGGCUGAGGACGCCGCCCGCCUGGCCGCCCCUUGCCCGCCCGGACCUCGGGCCCGGCCCGCCGCGUCCCGCCGUUUCGCGCGCAGAGCUCUGCCCAGGGCCCGGCCGUCGGCGUCCAGCUGAGCUCGGCCCGCUCGGGGCUCCGAGGAGGCGGCGGCCGGCCGGGAUGGGCUGCCCGGCGGCGCGGAGGGGCGCCCGGGGGCUCGGCGCGCUGCUCCUAGCGCUGGUGGCCGCGGGGAGUCCCGUGGGCGCCUACAAUCUGGACCCGCAGCGUCCCGUGCGCUUCCAGGGCCCCGCCGGCUCCUUCUUCGGCUACGCGGUGCUGGAGCACGUCCACGACAACACGCGCUGGGUCCUGGUGGGCGCACCAAAGGCAGAUUCCAAGUACAGCACUUCAGUGAAGUCCCCAGGGGCUGUGUUUAAGUGCCGAGUCCACACCAACCCCGACCGGAGAUGCACAGAACUGGACAUGGCUCGAGGGAAUAGUCGGGGCAUGCCCUGUGGAAAGACUUGCCGGGAAGACCGGGACGACGAGUGGAUGGGGGUGAGCCUGGCCCGGCAGCCCAAGGCUGAUGGCCGCGUGCUGGCCUGUGCCCACCGUUGGAAGAAUAUCUACUAUGAAACUGACCACAUCCUGCCCCAUGGCUUCUGUUACAUCAUCCCGUCCAACCUGCAGGCCAAAGGCAGGACGCUGAUCCCUUGCUAUGAAGAGUACAAGAAGAAGUACGGGGAGGAACACGGCUCCUGCCAGGCUGGCACUGCAGGCUUCUUCACCCAGGAGCUAGUGGUCAUGGGAGCCCCAGGGUCGUUUUAUUGGGCUGGGACUGUCAAAGUGCUGAACCUUACAGACAACACCUAUUUCAAACUGAAUGACGAUGUGAUCAUGAACAGGCGGUACACUUAUCUGGGCUAUGCAGUCACGGCCGGCCACUUCUCUCACCUGUCCACCACCGACGUGGUAGGCGGCGCCCCUCAGGACGAUGGCAUCGGGAAGGUUUAUAUUUUUCGAGCUGACCGAAGAUCAGGCACCUUAAUUAAGAUUUUUCAGGCAUCAGGUAGAAAGAUGGGCUCUUACUUCGGCUCCUCCUUAUGUGCAGUUGACCUGAACGCCGAUGGCCUCUCUGAUCUGCUUGUGGGGGCCCCCAUGUUUUCUGAGAUCAGGGACGAGGGGCAGGUCACCGUCUACAUCAACAGAGGAAAUGGAGCCCUCGAGGAGCAGCUGGCCUUGGCCGGGGAUGGCGCCUACAAUGCCCACUUUGGGGAGAGCAUCGCCAGCCUGGGCGACCUUGACAACGAUGGGUUCCCAGAUGUGGCCGUCGGCGCACCCAAGGAGGAUGACUUCUCGGGGGCGGUCUAUAUCUACCAUGGUGACGCUGGGGGGAUAGUCCCUCAAUACUCAAUGAAACUGUCGGGGCGGAAGAUAAGUCCAGUUCUCCGGAUGUUUGGUCAGUCGAUAUCUGGAGGCAUUGAUAUGGAUGGAAAUGGCUAUCCUGAUGUCACUGUUGGAGCCUUCAUGUCUGACAGUGUGGUCCUUUUAAGGGCAAGACCCGUCAUCACAGUGGACGUCUCCAUCUCCCUGCCAGCUUCCAUCAACAUCACAGCUCCCCAGUGUCAUGACGGACAGCAGCCUGUGAACUGCCUGAACGUCACCGCCUGCUUUAGCUUCCAUGGCCAGCAUGUUCCGGGAGAAAUUGGCCUGAAUUAUAUCAUGACAGCUGAUGUGGGCAAAAAGGAGAAGGGCCAGUUGCCCAGGGUCUACUUUGUGUUGCUGGGAGAGUCCACAGGUCAGGUCACAGAGAAGCUGCAGCUGGUCCACAUGGAAGAGACGUGUCAUCACUAUGUGGCCCAUGUGAAGCGGAGAGUGCAGGACGUCAUCAGCCCCAUCGUGUUCGAAGCCGCCUACAGCCUGGGUGAGCAUGUGACUGGGCAGGAGGAGCGGGAACUGCCGGCGCUGUCACCAGUGCUCCGCUGGAAGAAGGGACAGAAGAUUGCUCAGAAGAACCAGACAGUGUUCGAAAGGAAUUGCCGUUCGGAGGACUGCGCCGCAGACCUGCAACUUCGGGGCCACCUGCUGCUCUCCAGCAUUGAUGAGAAGACCCCAUAUCUAGCUCUGGGGGCUGUGAAGAACAUCUCCCUAAACAUCUCCAUCUCCAACCUUGGGGAUGAUGCCUAUGAUGCCAAUGUGUCCUUCAAUGUUUCCCGGGAGCUCUUCUUCAUCAACAUGUGGCAGAAGGAGGAAAUGGGCAUUUCCUGCGAACUACUGGAAUCAGACUUCCUCAGAUGCAGUGUGGGGUUUCCAUUCAUGAGGUCAAAGUCAAAGUAUGAAUUCAGCAUGAUCUUUGAUACAAGCCACCUGUCUGGGGAAGAAGAAGUUCUUAGCUUCAUCAUUACUGCUCAGAGUGGCAACGUGGAGCGCUCCGAAUCCCUGCAUGACAACACCCUCACGCUGACGGUGCCACUGAUGCAUGAGGUGGACACGUCCAUCACUGGAUCUGAAUUUCCACUGACACUUGCUGUGUGUGCCUCACACCCGCAGGUCUAUAACACCGGGCCAAGCACCCUUCCCGGCUCAUCUGUCAGCAUCUCUUUCCCCAGUCGACUGUCACCUGGAGGUGCAGAGAUGUUUCACAUCCAGGAGGUUGUGGUGGGCCAAGAGAAGGGGAACUGUUCUUUCCAGAAAAAUCCAACCCCCUGCAUCAUCCCUCAAGAACAAGAAAAUAUCUUCCAUACAAUAUUUGCUUUUUUCUCAAAGUCUGGAAGAAAAGUCUUGAUCGUGUUGUUUGCUGCACAGGACAGUUCAUCGGUCAUCCAGUUCAUGACCCGCGCCAAGGUGAAGGUGGACUCUGCCCUCAGAGUGGUGGAGAUAGCCAGUGGGAACCCGGAAGAGAUGACGGUGGUCUUCGAGGCCUUGCACAAUCUGGAGCCACGUGGCUAUGUCGUGGGGUGGAUCAUCGCCAUAAGUCUGCUGGUGGGAAUCCUCAUCUUCCUGCUGCUGGCUGUGCUGCUCUGGAAGAUGGGCUUCUUCCGCCGAAGGUACAAAGAGAUUAUUGAAGCUGAGAAGAACCGGAAAGAGAAUGAGGGCAGUUGGGACUGGGCCCAGAAACACCAGUGACCUGCCACACCGGCCACGCACCCGCUUCUUCGCCUGUCAUCCUCGGGCGUGUAUCUUCCAUAUUUGGAAGAAAGAAUCUUCUCCAGAUUUUUCGGAGGCCCCACUGAUGCUCUUCUCUUCCUCAUUCUGUCAAGCCCAGGUGCCAGCCUGAGGCUGCCACUUGGGCCGGGUCGCAUGACUGGAGCCACCACCAUUUCUUUCUGAAGAUGACCUCUGUCCUUUGGAAAACAAGCUACAGAGCUGAGCAAUAUUUAUGGAUGCAACAUGUGUGGUCAGCCCUCAGGGGAAAACUGUUACCGAGAAGUAUUUUUAUAAAUAUAAGCCUUUUAUACUGAUUAUGUCUUUAUAUUUGUAUCGAUGUUUUAUUAUUUCUAUUAAAUAGUUCUAUAAUUCACACAAGCACUGAUACCUGGCCUGAAAUCUUGGAAAUGUACAUUCAUAUGAAUUUAAAGAAUAAAAAUCUGAUUGUACUUUGGACCUUGCUGUUAGAAAGGACUUGCAGAUAAAAUAAUCAAAAGGAGCCUCAAGUAAUGAACCUGCCAAGCCAGCGGUGCCGUAUACAAAAUGGUGGUGGUGGCACAACCCUUCGGCAUCUCGCACCCUUACUGCCUGGAAUCCAGUUUGAAGUCAUGUGCUCAAGGACUAUAAGUGUUUUUCAUAUGCACCUUUCAUUGAAGAGUCAGCAGGCGUUUGGAUGGAAAAACCUGAUGCUAGCAACAGUCUGCUCUGCCUUGCUUUUAUAGGCAGGCCCCUCAGCCUCCUUCACCUGGAGGCAGGGUGAAAGCUUGGAGCAAGGCCAGGUACUCAUCUGCUAAACCGCGGAAAGGCAUCUUGUCCCGGACACUACCCCUCAACCACCCACCACACGGACUACAUCAGUGCCCACCAUGCAAAGACUAGCAUCUGGAUGCUGUGAUGUGUCGCCUUCAUAUGGCAGUUUGAGUUCAAAGGUGCCCACUUCCCUAUUGCUCUUGCUGUCCCAGAUAACAGUAUAGAAGGUUCCUUCCUAGAGUGAUCAUUCAACCUGGCCUUAUUUUUUAAAUUGUGUCUCGGUUGGGGUCCCCAAGAAGCUGUCCCUGAGACAAGCAUUUAUGUGCAAGUACCUCCUGAAGGAAGUGUCCCCAGAGGACAGCAGUAAGGGGAGUGAGGGAAGUGGGACAGGGAAGGUGGGAAAGCUGGGAAGGAUGCCAGGCCAGGCUGGGGCCACAGAGGGCAGAGGCUCCCUGCAGGGGAGCCCUGGAGAACAGAUAUGUGUCAGAGUCGUCCCAACCUGAGUCAAGGCAGCUAAGCUUUUGAAUUCUUGCGCCCACGGGAGGUGUAAACUUUCGGCUCUCAUUCCUACCAGCAACAUGGCUCCAGGAGCUCAGCGGCAGUCUUCUGAAGGGGAGUGGCAGGUGCACCCCAGCCUGGCAUGUGUGCUGAAAUGAUGCAGAUGGGCCUGGCACAGCCCAGACACCCUCCCUAGCCCUGUAGGUGUGAAGGCUGAGUUUGGCCUUCAGACCCCAGUGCUCCAUUUAUCAGCGUUGACUAUCACAUGCGCUGUGUUGCCCCAUUUUGAGUGCAAUGUGACUUUCUACAUGUGUGGGCCAUGAGAGGACAGACUGGCCCAAGGUGGAUGCUAAAUGACUGUUAGCAGCUGGCCUGCUCCCCCUGCUGGAGAACAUCAGAUAAGAGGGUGACAGAGGCCUUAAUGGCUCUUCACAGCUUGCUCAAAUCCCAGAUGCAUACAGGUGGCAUCAAAUGGGAAUGGCACAGGAAACAAGGUGAAGAAUCCUUCUGAUAGGGCCUCGUUUACUGAAGCCAACAUGUUGGGGGAUCUGUGAACAUUGUUGAAAAGACACAGAACUUACCUUCAGGGGAAACCAGCUUUCUGUGUCCAUACUUGGCUGAUAAUUGCAAACAGAGCUGGGUUUUGGCAGAAUUAUGAGGGUGCAGGGCAGCUGUGAACCUGGCAUGGAACACAUGUGUCUUUUCAUUUUGAAUUGUGCAGCUGAUGAUGAGGAAGAUAAUGUGUCAUGCAUCCCUGGCUAGUGAAUAUGGGAAUAGACAACAAGAGCUAGAGAGUCAAUGGCAUGAACUAGGCUGAUCUUAGAGUGCUGGCAAGGGGUUGCUUCUGUAGGAGGCAUGGAGGCCCAGAGGUAACUACAGGGCAGAUGUGGGCAAAGAAACCAAUUCCCUCUUGGAGUUUGCCUAUGAGUUCUAGCAAAAGUAAUCAAAGCAGUCUUGGUGGAUUCUAGUCACUCAUUAAAGGAUAUUUGCGGAGCCUGUCUGUGUACCAAGCACUGUGCUGGGGAACCAGAGGACACACAGGCACACUUUGCCUGGGAGGCAGACCUACCUACAGGGGAACGUAGAAUGUGGGUUCCUUUAACAGACCCAUUUGUAGCUUUCUUUCAAUGGUCUCUUGUCCAUCGUGUCAUGUUAUACUUCAAUAAAUUAUUUAAGAUUCUUAGGUAAUAGGCCUGGGACAGCUCCAUCAGCAGCUUUGGACAAAUGCAUUUAUAGCCACUAAUCAGCCUCCUGCAAGGGGUACAGACACAUCGGUGGCAGUGGGAAAGGCCCAAGUUUCUGCCAGCCAGAGAGAAAACCUCACUUUGACAAGGGCAGGCUCCCAUGGGCAGCCUCAGAGCCAGGGUUCAUGGCCCUCUUGUUGACUGUAUGGCAGAUGCAGGUGAUCACUAAGACGUCAGAUGGCAGGUCUUUAGGAAAAUCACCUGGUGAUUGGCCAACAGGAGCAAAUAUUGGCAGCUGCUCCAGGAAGGAGGGUCUGGAGAGAGAUGGUGCCUCUGCUUGUCUGAUCAUGCCAGCAGCAGGUGGUGUUAUGAGGACCAGGGAAUCAACCCUUUAACACAGGUAGAGACAGAGGUCAAUCAUGUUGUUAGCAUGCUCUCAGCUUGUGCAUUUCACCAGCUGCAGCCCAGUUCAGAGACCCUCUGUGGGCUCUCAGGGGAAGCAGAUGUGGUGAGUUAGUGUGUCUAUGUUGCUUCUCCAGAAUAUUCCUUUAAAAUGCCACAGUGCCUUUCCAUGUCUGCCCUUCCCUUCUGUGGGUUCACUGUGGAAUCCUGAGGCAUCCUCUUGCACAACAUUAAUUCAGUCUGCUUCCAUGUUUGGUUGCAAAUUCACUAUGGUUUUAUCCGGCUGUAGGAAGGACUCAGAUGUUUUUUAAAUAUGAAAAAGGACCUUUGUAGAAAUUGAGUAAAAGAAUUCCCCUUUUCAAAAAUGACUUGCUGCUCUCUAUUUACAUGGGACACCCCCAAAGUGAACCCUAGACCUGACACGAAGAAGAGACCACAAAAUUUAGGAACAAGGAGACACAGAAAUGAGUGGGUCAGUUUUCUUGUGGUGACUGAUGGGCACAUAUCUGGGGUCACUAAGAGACUUUCUCAGUUCUUGACGGAAAUUCCUUCAGCAUCAAGAGUAUUCAGAAGCUUGGUAAACAUUGUAGAAAAUCCAGUAGAAAGCCCUUCACCAAGUCAUGCAAAGCCUGCUUUCCUGGAGCCAAAGGCAAGGAGGUUAAAAACAGAAGGCCAGCAGGCCUCCUGGGAACAUGUGGGACCCGUUUUCAGUGUGGAAGUGUAUGAGGUCCCCAAGCGAUAUGCCUGCUGUAUGCUGCCUGUUAGACUAGCAAGGUGGUUCUUAAAGGUUAUUCUACUUUUGUUUUGGAUAAGGCAUUAUGGCCAGGUAAAUGCACAGGUAACAUAUGAAACACAUCCAGUGAAAUCUACAUACAUCUGAUACAAACUCCAAAUUUAGAGGGAUUGUGAAGCAUUUUUAUUUAAUUGAAAUGGCCCUUUACCAGAUACAAGAUAGAAAAUGAGUGUCAUUUCGGAAAUGCUCCAAUAUCCAGGGAUUUAGCUGAUGUUCUGUCUGCUAUACAAAGCAAUAAUAUACAUGUGGGGAAUAUUUUCUGAAAAAGGAUGGCGGAAGGGGGGGCUACAGGGCCAAGUCGGGCCAAAAUGAGCCUUCUAGAAAAUCCUCUGAUGUUCAGCACAUUGUGGGGAUGAUGAACAAGUCUCCCAUGAGUGCAAUGCUUUAUAGCACAAUGCUCUAGAGUUCAGACUUUGUUAAGGUUUUUUUAAAUUUCUGAUGUGCACGGUGUGACUGGCAGAAUGAGUUUAAAAGCUUUAAGAGCAAUUAAUUGCAUGGCAGGCACCCACGCUCACUUCCAGAACUUGACUGAUGCAUCCAUGUACAUUUCCGUUGAAGAAUUUUGGUGGGAGGGGUGUUCCUCCUCACAAAGUCACAUGUAUUAAAGUAUAUGUGGUCACUUCUAAUUCACUUGCACUGUUUGGGAAAUGCAGGUUUACAAAAAUACAUGUAUGGAAUAAAAAGUGGCUGCAAAUGA